CUUUUAAUGUUAGUCGGGAUUUUUUUUUCUCAAGGGAACCUUGAAAACUUCACCGAACGCUAUAAAAAUCCUACUACGACAGAAACGCUCAACACUUCUGCUGAAUUCACGACAGAACUUGAUUAUAACACCUCUACCUCUCCUAAUGUAACAGAGGUUCCAUUGGUAACAACUACUAACAAAACUUUUAAGUCUAUAAUCUUGGAGACAUCGAACCUUGCACACGAUCAACAUGAAAUUAGCUGUCUUUGCAACCUUCAUAAAAAUGCCUGCGAUAUAGGUUGUUGCUGUGACAGAGAUUGCACGUAUGAGAUGAAGAAGGUCUUCGAAAGCUGCGAGGAAGUUGCUGAAAGUCAAACCGAUAGGAGUUCCUGUCAGUACUUCGAGAGGGAUUAUGUCAAUUUUACCAUUCACGAAUGGGAAAUCCAGAACAACGAUUUUCUAUGCGUUGCUAAAACCAACCUGCCCCCAUCGUACACGCUUCAAAAGGAAAAGCCUUUUCGAAGUUAUACAGAAACCAAAUUAGAAAUCAAAUCUGGCAAUUUUUGGCCCCAGACCAACUUGGAACCUUCAGCGUCCAUAAAUUAUUCAGAACCUUAUAUACAAGGUGUUCCCAUAAAAUAUAUCCUGAGCAAUACAACUAUGGAUAUUUUCAAAGUCAGUGAAUCGUUUUUCACAAGCGCUUGUGAUUUUCGAAACAACGUCUCCUACCUACACGACUUGUACAGUCAAUGUGUUCAUGCCGUGGACGGAAAUAAUCAAUAUUUAAAUGUGGAUUAUUAUAGGAGGAUUUUAUUCAUUGCCCAACCAGAAAAACUGAACACAACUAUUUUGAAAAAAAAAUUAAUGACAUGUCCAGAACCGGUGUGCUUGAAACCAAAAUUGAAGAUAUGUACUGACACUCGUUUGAUGAACUGUACGAGUACCAAUCGAACAGAUAUCGUUUUACGUUGUCUCAAGAAAAAUAGUAGCAUCAGUUGUGUGGAUGUUCUAGACUCGGUCAAAUUCAUGAUACACCAUGAGGGGAUAGAGGGUAUCAAAAAUAUAACCUUAUUGAUACACCUGGUGAACGUAACCUUUGAACCUACCGAACAGUAUGGAAUGAAUCAGCAGAUAUCAGUCGUAUACGAAUGGGCUUCCUUGAAGAUGAACUAUUCUGAUAUUCUUAGUGGAAAUCCCGGGUAUCUCAUUGGAAAACCGAUUCUUACAGCAGCUGUAGUUAAUAACACCAUCUUACGAAAUUUCGACAAUUACCAAGAUUAUUUUCUGAGUCUUCCCUAUGAAGACAUGGGUAUCUGUGAGAUCGGAGGAUACUCGUACCAACCCAUAGAAUUUGGGUACAGUACCAUAUUGUUGUGCAAAGUGAAAGGAUCGUUUUCUGUUCAAAAUGACUCAAAACCUGUGGAUAUAUGCAGAAAUAUGCAGACGGACAUUUUCAAAUAUUGGAGUAUUCGAGAAGUGGAUGGGUACUUUGUGAAUAGGACUUUUGGACUGUUUGGCAACGCCAAUUCCUCGAUUUUUGAAGAUUGGGGAGAUAUCCUCUUCGAAAAAUCGCCUAAGGAUAUUAUGAGUAACAUAACGGGUUAUUUUUCGAACAAAAACAAAACUCUCAACUGUUAUGGAUUAACGUUUGGACUAAACAUAGAUAUUUAUCAUGCGAAGGUCGACCUGCAAAAAUUAGUGGACCAAGAAAAAGUUCUCGGAAUCACCAAUCAAUUCCAUUCCUCUUCGAACAGAAGCCUAACUUUCGAUAUCCUCAACCGCAAGCUCUUCUACGAAUUCGAUCUGGAUACCAGAGUGACAUUCUGGGAUAUUACGCCCCAGAAAUUGAGGAGACUGAUCGAUCCACCUUCACUCAAUAUAGAACUACCGUCAGAUUUCUUUUACCCUUUCGUUAAAAUGGGAAAUGGCAGUGUAGUUUUGGUUCCGCAAUUGUUUUUAGUGUUUUAUUCAGUUCUUUGUAAAGUGUUUCUUUAGAUUUAUUUUCUUGUAUAUUUUGUAAGUUAUCAAUAAUAAUAUCAUUAGCGUUGAUGGAUAUGUCAAUAAUAAAGACUUUAUGAAAUGCUAU